UAGAGAAUUCAUUCAGCACCACUCCCUAGUUUGUCCGUGCGUGUAAACUCUAAAGCUAAAGCCUAAUCAAUCUCUGUCUCUCCGCCCAUGGCUGCCGGAACUGGCUCUCCUUGUGGUGCCUGCAAGUUCCUCCGGCGAAAAUGUGCCACCGACUGCAUUUUUGCGCCUUACUUUUGCUCCGAGCAAGGUGCCGCUCGGUUUGCUGCCAUCCAUAAGGUGUUCGGUGCUAGUAAUGUUUCCAAAUUGUUGUUACACAUUCCGCUCCCUGAUCGCUGCGAGGCAGUCGUCACAAUUGCUUAUGAAGCUCAGGCCAGGAUCCGGGAUCCCGUCUACGGCUGUGUCGCUCAUAUAUUCGCCCUGCAGCAACAGGUGGCGUUGCUGCAAGCCCAGUUGAUGCAAGUGAAGGCUCAACUAGCUCACAACCACCUUGCUAGUACACGACUGCCGGAGAACCAUUGGCCGGGGAACUGUGCCUCCGGCGAUCCUGACCCGACUUUUCCGAUGUACAUGCACUCCAUCACAUCUCAGGGUUCUCUUGACUUGGUGGACCUCGAUGACGAUGCUGUGAUGCAAGAUAUGCAAAGCACAGAAGGUCCCCCAUUCCAACCUUGUGAGAAGAAAAGAUUGUACUACAGUGAAUUGGGUGAGCUUCAAGCUCUCGCUCUUAGGAUGAUGAGGAACUGAUUCUUCCUCCUCUGAGAUGAGGAUGACGAUGGGGGUGGUGAUAGUAAUCCAUGCACUGUGAUGUAAAUACAAAAGAAUCUGAAACGAAAAGGGAAACUUGGCAUCUAAUGUGAUGAAGCUCAAUUCAAGGAUCUUUUUUUUUUCAUGAA